AUGGCUCAGCUUUUUCUAAAUAUAAAACUAAAGGGAGUUGAGCGGGCGAAGCGGGGAGACGCAGCCGCGGUGUGGGGGGCGCAGGCCCGGGGGGAGGAGGAGGAGGAGGCUUCGGCAGCGCCGCCUCACCGCCCGCCCCGGCCGGCCUUGGGGAAAGUCGGGGGAGAGCUGGAGAGGCCUUUAAUGGCAGCUACAAGUUCGCAGCUUAAUCAACUUGAGCGAGUCUUCUUACGACUUGGUCAUGCUGAAACAGAUGAGCAGUUACAGAAUAUUAUCUCUAAAUUCCUUCCUCCUGUUUUGCUCAAACUGUCUAGCACACAGGAAGGAGUUCGCAAAAAAGUCAUGGAGCUAUUGGUCCACCUGAAUAAACGAAUAAAGAGCCGUCCAAAAAUACAGCUUCCAGUUGAGACUUUAUUGGUUCAGUACCAGGAUCCUGCCGCAGUUUCCUUUGUCACAAAUUUUACUAUAAUUUAUGUUAAGAUGGGCUAUCCUCGAUUACCAGUGGAAAAACAGUGUGAACUUGCCCCUACACUUCUUACUGCAAUGGAAGGGAAGCCUCAGCCUCAGCAGGAUAGCUUAAUGCAUCUUCUAAUACCAACCCUUUUUCACAUGAAAUACCCUGUUGAACCGUCUAAAGCAGCUUCUCCGUUUAAUCUUGCUGAGAAACCAAAGACUGUACAGCUGCUUUUGGACUUCAUGCUAGAUGUCCUCUUGAUGCCUUAUGGAUAUGUGUUGAAUGAAUCCCAGAGUAGGCAGAAUGUGCCCUCUGGACAGGGAUCCUCUUCCAGUGGUGCUGGAGGCUCUGGGAUUCCACAGCCACCUCCAGGAAUGAGUUUUUAUGCAGCAAAGAGAGUCAUUGGGGACAGUCCAUGGACACCUGAACAGUUAGAGCAGUGCAAAUUGGGUAUAGUGAAAUUCAUAGAGGCUGAGCAGGUGCCUGAACUUGAAGCUGUUAUACACCUAGUGAUUGCCUCUAGUGAUACACGUCAUAGUGUUGCCACUGCAGCUGACUUAGAACUGAAGAGCAAGCAAAGCUUAAUUGACUGGAAUAACCCUGCAAUCAUUAACAAGAUGUAUAAAGUGUACCUUGGGGAUAUACCACUGAAAACAAAAGAGGGAGCUGUUCUGAAACCGGAACUGAAAAGAGAUCCUGUCAGCACGCGUGUUAAGUUAAAGAUUGUUCCUCAUCUUCUGAGAUCUAAACAAGCUGCUGAAACCUUCCCAGCCAACAUUCAGGUGGUGUAUGAUGGACUGUUUGGAGCAAAUACAAAUGCAAAAUUAAGAACGUUAUCCCUACAAUUUGUCCACCAUAUUUGUAUAAUAUGUCCAGAAAUCAAGAUUAAGCCAUUAGGUCCAAUGCUUUUAAAUGGCCUCACUAAACUAAUCAAUGAAUAUAAAGAGGAUCCUAAACUACUGUCAAUGGCAUAUUCAGCUGUUGGAAAACUUUCCAGUCGAAUGCCUCAUUUAUUUACCAAGGACAUAGCUCUUGUACAGCAGUUCUUUGAAGCAUUAUGUAAGGAAGAGCCUGAUACUAGACUUGCUAUUCAAGAGGCUUUAUCUAUGAUGGUUGGAGCAUAUAGUACGUUGGAAGGAGCCCAGCGUACGCUGAUGGAGGCACUGGUGGCUUCAUACUUAAUAAAGCCUGAAGUCCAAGUUCGCCAGGUGGCUGUGAAAUUUGCCAGCACAGUGUUUCCCCCAGAUCAUAUACCUUCCAGAUACUUACUUUUACUAGCUGCAGGAGACCCAACUAAGCAUAACUUCUUGAGGGAUAAAGAACUUAGCCAGGAUGUUGCUUCAAAAGGCCUUGGUUUGGUUUAUGAACUGGGCAGUGAACAAGAUCAACAGGAACUGGUAUCUACCCUGGUAGAAACACUGAUGACUGGGAAAAGAACUAAGCAUGAAGUUUCUGGUGAGACUGUGGUAUUCCAGGGGGUAUCCCUUGGCAAAACUCCAGAUGGCCAGGGACUCUCUACCUAUAAAGAGCUUUGUUCUCUGGCCAGUGAUCUUAGUCAACCAGAUCUUGUCUAUAAAUUCAUGAAUUUAGCCAAUCAUCAUGCCAUGUGGAACUCUAGGAAGGGAGCUGCUUUUGGUUUUAAUGUGAUUGCUACUAAAGCAGGAGAACAGCUUGCUCCUUUCCUGCCUCAGUUGGUCCCUCGUCUUUAUCGCUAUCAGUUUGAUCCAAAUCUUGGCAUACGUCAAGCUAUGACAAGCAUUUGGAAUGCAUUGGUCAUCGACAAGUCUGUGUCAUUUAUUAUUUUUUUUAAUUUAUCCUAUAGUGCAGAGCUGGAAAAGUCAGUGCCCAAUCAACCCAGUAUAAAUGAAAUUGUUCAGGCUGUUCUGAAGGAGUGUCGCAAAGACAACAUCAAAUACAAAAUAGUAGCGGUUAGAUGCAUAGCUGAUAUACUCAAUGCCACUAAAGAAGAUAGAUUCCAGGAGCUGUCUGACAUUGUUAUUCCAAUGAUUAAAAAGAAUUCUCUUGAAAAUGUUGGUGCCCGGACAUCAAAAAACGAAGAAGAUGAUAAUGAGAAGGAAAAGGAGCUUCAAAUGGAAUCUCUGCUAUGUGCCUUUGAGAGCAUAGGCAAAGCUUGGCCUAGAAAUGUGGAGACUCAGUGUUGCCAUCGUCAGGAGCUGUGUAAGCUAAUGUGUGAGCGACUGAAACUCAGCACAUGGAAAGUACAGCUGGGCGUUCUGAGGUCAAUGAAUUCGUAUUUUCAGGGGCUAAUGCUUUUAGAAAAGGAGCAUGCAGAUUCUGAGGCUUUGACUGAAAUACUGCUUGAGACUUGUUCAUCAAUCACACAUUCUUUAGAAAAUAAAAGCUACACAUCUAUAAGAACAGAAGCUUUGUCUGUAUUAGAAUUACUGCUUCAGAAACUUGAAGAGUCUAAACAGUGGGAAAGUUUGACACCUGAAUGCAGAGCCCGCCUCAUUGAAUCUUUAACUACCAUGGAGACUGACAGCAGACCUGAGCUGCAGGAGAAAGCUUCAUCACUGAAGAAAACGCUUGAAAAUCUGGAGUAAAUUAAGGGAGAUAAUUCUCCCUCCCUCCAAUAACCAAGUGCCAUGUAAAACAAAAAUUGAAAGAAAAAAUUCGGUGUUCUCAGAAAACCAAGUGGGGAAAGUAAAGGUUAAUCUGUAGCAUGCAUCAUUCCUUGGCCGAAAUAAAAAAAAAAAAUGCCUUAAAUUCUGUUCCCCAUUAGCUUUAUUUUACUGUGGUGUUUAAGCAACUUGGCUGAAUGUGGUCAAUGUUACCUCAGAUUUGAAAAGAAGUAGUUGAAGAAAUUUAUACUAAAUGCUGUUUGAAGGAUUUUUAAAUGAACUAAAGUGUGUAGGGUAAAAAAAGGAUAUUCCUUUUAGGAUUAGUUAAGCAUGUAGGUGGAUUUGCUGUAGAAAGUUGUAAUUCUCAUGCAGCAAAAUGAAUUGUAAUGUUAAAGAAUUAUUGGAUGUAUAAAGGUUGAAGAUUGCCACAUCACUAGAAAAUGGGGAGGGAACCUGGUUGUGUGCCGUAUAUUGUUUGUGGGGAGAAAAUUUUUGGCGGCUUUCCAUUUUGAGUCACUAUUAAAAGACUUGUAUUUAGAUGGGAGAAUUCAUUCUCCAUGCCAUCCGUCUCUUGUCAUCAUACCAUUUUUCUCAGGCAUGUGAGGUUGAGUAAUAUUUCAUUACAUCUGUAGGCAUUUGGUGAAAAACUAAACUGCCUAGCUUUGAGAGUUUUUCUUUAAUAGAUUUUACAUUUUAGCAACAGUAUAAAAACAUUACUUACCCCUCCAGAGAAAGAUUGAAUUCAUAUGAAUUGAUUCAAGAAUGAGCAGUGCGGAGGGAUAGCACUUAGUCAGAUGAGGAAUGUUUUGUUAUUAUGUAUCAACACUUCUUAGAGUUUGGCCGUGGCAUUUGGCGGUUGCAGCAAGUACUCCUAUUCCCAUCCCCAUUAAUGAAACAAAUCACAAAAAAACUUUUUCUAUGAAUAUUUUUCAAACCAUGAUUGAAUUUUAUAUGACAGUAAUGUAAACUUCCAUUUUCAAAGCCCUCUUUGGCUCUGUUCUUGUUUGGGAAAAUGAUAAUCAUUUAGACUUAAAUGGGAGGUUUUUUGUUUUGUUUUGUUUUGUGUUGUUUUUAUUUCUCCUGUAAGCAAAGGGGAAAGCUCAUAGAUUAUAGCGAGAAAAAAUUACAUUGACAGCCAAACUCCCCACCUGGGGAAGAAAUCCUUCUUAUUGGCUUUAAUAUUCCAUAUAGACAGAAUACCCAAACCUGUCUUUAGCAAUUGACACCUCUUUGGUCUAUUCCUGAGUUGAAAAGGAAAGAUUUAUAAAAUGAAGACCUAAAUCAAGUGGGUAUUUUAUAGCAGAAAGCGACAGCUUAGUGGAUGCUGAAAUACUACCUUUAUUUUCAGCCAGUGGAAUAGUUCUGAAUUUGAAGGUGACUGCCUUUUUCUUUUUCUUUCUUUUUUUUUUUUUUUUUUAAGAUGCCUAGCUAUUUCCACGUUAGAGCAAUCUAUAUCUGUGGCUUACCUCCGUGAGAGUGAGCGUCACAUGUUUUUUGGUACACUGUACCUUCACUUAGACUGUUUUUGGGACCUCUGUGUUUACUCCUCUACCCUAUAUUAAGUGCCCUCUUUCCAUUAAAUGUGCUUUCAGUAUACUCUAGCUUGCAUUGUUGCUGGGUCACUGUUUUCAGGGAAGAGAGAAAUGAGUGUAGGCCGGGUCCAGUGGAUAGAAUCUUCAGAGAAUAAGUGUGUUCAAGCCUAAACCAUGAGUCUCUUUGCACAUUUUAGGUGGAUGAGCAUCACCAAGUUUUAUACAUCACAAACUUAGUAUUUAACAAAGGGAGAUUAAAUUCCCUUGGUGCUGAGAGCUGGUGCUAAGACACUUGAACUGCUUAGUGAUAGCCUGCUGUUUGUUUACAUUUAUUUUGGCUUACUGAGCACACUUCUAAUUUUUACACCUAAUGCCUUCAUUUCCUGUAGUAGCCAAAUCAUUUGCACAACAUAACACUAAGUCUUGCCUCCCAGAAAUGAUGAAAAAUUUUCAUUCAGCUUCUUUGUGUGUGUAUGUACGGACAGAGUGUAUGUGGAAUUGGGUAUGUGUGUAUGACUGUGUAUGUACCUAAAGGGAACGAUGUUAAGGAAAAAACUUGGUUUUGUUGUGAAAUAUUGACCAGGUAAACAAAAAUGGCAACAGAUGAUCCAUGAUAUGUAGCAGGGACUGGCUGGCACCUCCCUAGGAGUAUUCCAUGGUUCUGAUCUGACAACAUCUGAUCAAAUUGUCUUAAAAGACAAUUCCUUUUUGCUGUGAUAUUACAGUGCACUAAAGAAUCAUUUCUAUAAAUGUGAAAAGAAAAGACCUGCACCCCUUUCCAGAACAAUUGGGAACAGGGACAGUGAAAUAGUUUCAAACUUUCUUUUUGAUGAUAAAGAGCAAUAUGAAAUUUUCUAACUGCCUUUUAAAUUAUUUUAUUUAGCCUAGUGUGUGUGCCUAUAUACACAAAGUCUAUCUGCACAACAAAACUGAGACUUUGACUUAAUCCCUAUUGACUUCCCUUCUCCUUCCUGUCUCAAACUUCAUUUGUGAGCUUGAUUAAAAAAAAAUGCGGCCUUGCUAGAAUCUUUCUUCUAAAAGUGGUCGCAAUGUGUAUAAACACUGUACUUUUGCCCUACGCGGGUUUUCCUUGUGCUACUGCUGCAAUGUGUCUGCUGCUUGUGAACCAGGAGUGAAAGGUGGAAUUUGAACACCAGCACUCAUUCUAAUGUGCAAGCUUUUGCUUAAAUUGAUGUAUAGUAAGAAGGGUUUUCUACAUGCAAGGUCUUCAUAGAUUCACUACAAUCUGUAUGUAGCUGUCUAAGCAUGUAAUGAAUUUAUUUGAAAGGAAAUCCAUCCCAAUACCAAGAAGGUAUAAAAUGGUAAAUAAAGCUGCAUGAUCAACUCUC